GUUAAUCGGCAUUGGUCAAUCGGUGAGAGCGCCAGAGCGGGUGAUUGACAAGUGACAAGAUAAGUUGAUCGACACAGAUCAACAAGACUGACGAGAGUAUUAGCAAUAAUCGAGUCCUGUGUUGCUCUGAUUUACAAGAAGACGGGCAGUUACAACGUCUCUAAAAGUCUUAAUUCUUGCAACCUCCGAGGAAAUUCAAGAAACAUGCUACGUUUCUUCAUUGCGAUUGUAGCACUUGCUGUACUGAUCGAAGCGGAAUUCCAAAGAAUUCCGUUACAUAAGACAGAUUCUAUUCGAAAUACUUUGAAAGGGGUUGGUACUGACCUGACACAAGUUCGUAUGGUUACAACUACUGGCAUACCAGAACCUCUAUCUAAUUAUCUAGAUGCUCAAUAUUAUGGUGUUAUCUCGAUUGGAACUCCACCACAGAAUUUUAAAGUAAUUUUUGACACUGGUUCCUCCAACCUUUGGGUACCAUCCAAGAAAUGCAGCGUUCUCAACGUUGCUUGCUUGUUACAUAAUAAAUAUGAUAGCAAAAAAUCCAGUACAUAUCAAAAAAAUGGUACUGAAUUCGCCAUUCAUUAUGGUACUGGCAGCCUGUCUGGAUUUUUAUCUGAAGAUGUAGUGACUGUUGCUAGCCUUGAUGUUCAGCAUCAAACAUUCGCGGAAGCGAUAGUAGAACCAGGAUUAGCCUUUGUUGCUGCGAAAUUCGAUGGUAUCUUGGGGAUGGGUUACUCCACGAUAUCCGUCGACGGAGUGACUCCCGUCUUCUAUAACAUGGUCAAACAAAACUUGGUGUCGCAACCUAUUUUUAGUUUCUAUUUAAAUCGAGAUCCCUCAGCUCCAGUGGGUGGUGAAAUGAUAUUGGGUGGCUCUGAUCCCAAUCAUUAUGAAGGCGAAUUCACGUAUAUUCCUGUUACUCACAAAGGAUACUGGCAAUUUGAGAUGAAUGGGGUUCAAGUGGCAGAUCACGCUUUCUGCAAGGAAGGUUGCCAAGCUAUUGCCGAUACAGGCACUUCCUUGAUAGCUGGACCAACAUCAGAAAUCGAAGCUAUUAAUAAAUUGAUUGGAGCUACUCCUAUUGGUGGGGAAGCAAUGGUGAAAUGUAACCAGAUUUCUGAUAUGCCCUCGAUCAAUUUCACGCUAGGUGGUAAGAAUUUCACUCUUGCUGGUGAAGAUUAUGUCCUUAAGAUUAAACAAUUUGGUAAAACAAUAUGUAUGAGUGGUUUCAUGGGUAUGGAUUUGCCUCAGGUAUUAUGGAUUUUGGGUGAUGUAUUUAUUGGCCGGUUUUAUACAGAGUUUGACAUGGAGAACGACCGAGUGGGAUUCGCUAUAUCAAAGUAAAUGUCGAUUGCCUUUUCAUGAAGUUGCAUUGAAGUUAGACAUUAGAGAAGAUUUAAAUGACAACUUCGCGAAUAAUUAACUAAAAUUUUCUUAGAGAAUACUGUUUCCUUAUUGCCUCGUAAUUUUUACUUGAGUUUCAUGCGAUACGUUGUUACACAAAUG